UGUCGUCCGCGCCGUCAGCUGCGAGUGCCGUCGUGCUGCUCUGCACUCUGCUUGGCGUCCGACGCUGCGCCGCACCGCCUCGAGUCGUAGUCGUCGUCGUCGUCGCUGUUGCUGUUUUUCCUGUCGUCGUUUCGCGGCCGUGGAAAUGACGGCUUCACCGCCGCCGCCGGUGCAGCUGCAGCGGGCCGUCACCGUCGCUACUGCAACUGUGGCUUUUCGACUUUCGUUGGUGAUGUUGCUGCUGCUGGACGUAGGCACCGCGUCCGCGUCCAUAUGCAAAUCCGGACUGUGCACCCGCGAACAGUACUGCUGUGGCGACGGCAAGUGCUGUGACAACGUGUACAGCCUCUGGUACUUGUGCGGAGGCGUAGCUGUAAUGCUUUUCGUCGUCGGUUCAUUCUGUCCAGUCAUCAGACAGUGCUGUUGUUUCCGGACCCCGGUGAUCGUAAAGUAUGUCCCGGUGCCCACGUCACCGACUAAAUUCAAAUAUUCUGAUCGUGAAAAAUGCACCAGAGUGGACGUGACGCUGCCCAUGCCGCCUCGAGCCACCACGAUGGACGUCACGAACUGCAUAUAAUGCACAACACUACUAAACACAGUGCCUACACACAUUGACGACAUUGUAAUAUACCUACCAUAUAAUAAUACUAUUGUUAUUCACAUUAACCGCGGUGCACAUGACGUAUGGUCAUGUGGAUCAUCGUUUUUUUCCCAUGACAACCAUCACCGGCAGGACAAAACAUUUUAGAGCGUUAUCGCGUGUAUCGGGAUCGAACUUUGACAAUAUAAUAUAAUUAUUAAUAAUAACAUAUUACCCUCCUAUGUAAUAUGUAAUAAUAUGUAAAUAUAGCGUAGAAGUUAGAACGUGUCUAUUCUAGGAGACCUGAAUGAAAAAAAGUGUCCAUCGAACAUAUUUUGUCUCAUGGCUGACGCAGAUCAUUAUUAGAGACCUACAAUCUAAAUCUAUAAAUACCUACAUAAACCCUAUAUUUAUGAACCGACCCUAAAAUUAGUGUACCUAUACUUAAAUCGGCUAAAUCAGUCAAUAUCUCUGUAUGUAGAUACAUAAUAUGAAUUAUGACACCGUUGUGUCUUACAGUGGCAUUUUCAAAUGCUGCAGUGAACUUGUUUUCUUAUCGUUUAUAUUUAUUUAUUAUAAUAUGAUCUUUGAACUUUUAACUUUGAAUAAUAUACUGAGUAGUGCAUUAAAAUGUCGAUGGUUGUCCUCUGCUGUCCUAAUCGCCUCGUAUAGUAGAUAUGAUAUAGGUACCCAGAUAAUACUUAUUACUUUUAUUGCAUUUAACUAUUUAAGUAGGUAGGUAUUAAUACUAAAACAGUAACCUAUAACUAGUAUAAUAACAUUGGACAUUGGUUCAAUAAUUGAAUUCACGCGCAUCUAAGUUCAUACAAGCUAUUGUUCUUCUUCGGGAUGAGAAAUAAAGAAGUACCCUUUUCAAAUCAUUUAUACAAAAAAAAAAUAGUAAAAAUUAUACUAAAACAUAAAAAUGUAUCUAUGAUUAAUGUGCAUUAUAAGUUAAAAAAAACACUAGAUACGGAAUAGAUAGGUAUACCCAACGAACAAAAACAUUCCCUAGUCAAAAUACUGUGUUAAUAGUUACAAUUCAAGAGCAGGCGUAAAAAAUAGUUGCAGUAGGUGUAUAUAAUUGAAGGGUUGAGUGAAUAAUGUUGUUAUGCCGUGACAUUUUCCACACUCUUUUUUCAAACUUUUCACACCUUUAUAUCCAUGCUACGUGGUGACACGCACCACGCAUUCAUCACGCCUAAUGAUAUCACCUUUAUCAACGAAUGUAUCACUGAAAAUUAUGAUUCAAAAUUCAAAUGACUUAAUGCUGUAUUAGGUACUGUGACACGCACCGACAAUGCCAUUAUCCAUACAAGUAUACAACUAUAGAAACAAUAACCCUUCAAUUUUGCGUUUUUUUUUCAAUUCAAUUCAAUUACCACAAUCUGUAUAUAGAUUAAUACACAAGCUGCAUAUUAUAUAGUAUACGCGCGUGACGAGAUAUAUAAUAUAUUGUCACAUAAUGUGUGAACAAAAUAUGGAUCGCACCACUUUAAUAAUAAAUAAUACUAGGUAUAUUAGGCAGUGCCGCAACUACAAUUUUUGGGCCCCAGGGCGACUGAGAUUUAGUGCCCCAUUUUUUAGUAUGUCAGACCACUUGUUAAUGGUUUCAUUUUCCGACCCUUUUUCAUAUAGUAAUUCAAAUGUACAUCAAUAUGUAUAUUAAAGUAUAUUUUAAAAUUCACAAAUUCACAAAGCACAUCAAUAAAUAAGUAUUCAAAAUUUUAGAAUGAUAAUCCAAUUUAAUUACAAAAACAUAGAGGUCAACCAAAGUUGUUAUGCAAUGUACAUCCUCCAAACCAAUCAACAAAAUAAACAAAAUAACAACAAAACUUAAUAAGUUAAUUUUUUAUCAUUUUUAAAAUUUGAAAGUUUAAACAAUUACUUAAAUUAGUUGAAACAAAUAAGAAACAAUAAUGUAUACUAAAACUUCAUUCUUCUGGCUUUUAAGUUGGAAAACUGUGAUAUAAUAUUGUCUAUAAUGAUAAUUCAGCAGUGCGAUGUUGUACUAUGUUUAGCACUGCUAUGUUUGACAAGCGCGUUUGUCCCAUUGAAUUUCUUAAAUAAUUUUUUAUUAGUUUUAAUUUUGAAGAUGAUCUUUCUGCGGUCGCAACUAUAACUGGAAGAGUCAAAAAAAGAAUACAAGCUGCUAAAACUUCUGAAUAGCUAGUUGAAAAAUCAUGCGUUAUACAAUAAAUAUUGCCAAAUCGCGGAUGGACUUUAAAUUGUUAACAAUAAUUUCUUUUAGAGAUAGAAUUUGACUUACUAGCUCUGAACCAACAGCUGAUUUAUACAAUAGUACAAAAUCAUAACAACAUUUUAUAAUAUUUGAUUAUUAAUUCUGGCUUUAAAAACUCAAACACAUCACAUACUUCUUUUAAAUUUUCAAACCUCACCCUAAGCUGAUUCAACACAGUGUCAAUAAGUGGUAAAAAAAAAGUUCCUUGGACGGAGAUAUACCUAAUAUUAUUAGGUAUAUCUCCGUCCAACUGUAUAACUACGACACUACGUAUAUUAUCGUGUAACUACAAACACACACACACACACACACACACAACGUCAAGUCUUGUAAGUCGCAUUAUAUAAUAUUAUACUAUGUAUGGGUACAGAGCGAUUCACCAAGCAUCCCCACCAUAUUUUUUUAACUUACGAUGAUAAUUUAUUCAAAUUCUGAUUUUUAGUAUAUAGAUACCUACCUACUUAAGGACCCACCAUAUUUUCAAUUGUAUAGAUUUUUAUCCUAUAAGUAUUUUUAUCCCAUCUGAGAGCGUUUUCAAAGUUCAAACGAGAAUCACCCUUUUUCCUGCGAAAUGUUAAGCACUCUUUUGAAAAUGCCGAUGUAUCUAAAUCAAUAUUCGACCCGGUAGUUUUUUAGUUAUUUAACUUUGUGUAUCUACUAAUGAUUUUAGGUCCAUAAUAAUAAGAUAUAAAGGUUUUUAAAAGAUUUUUUUAUUUGAGGAAUAGGAAGUUUGUACUGUUUGUAUUUUGUAGGUACUCAUUGUAUUAUAUACUAUAAAAACCAAAACCUAAAUAAUUGAAAAUAAUAUGCUUCCUAAAAUUACAUAAAAAUUUAAAAAAAAAAAAACAAAAUUUGUACCUAUAAAUUUAGUAUUAGGUAUACCUAAUAUAUUAAAGAAAAAAUGGAAAUGAUCAUGCUCAGUGAAUCACUUAGUGUACAUUAAUAUAUUAUUAUUACUGUUUGACGUCUGGCAUAGGCAGGUAAGUAGGUACCUACCUUGUACUUUCUAAUUUCUACUCACCUAUUAGGUACCCGGAAAUAUUAUCGUAGAUAGCGUUUUAGUGUACGUAUGAAAUGACGACAUUCGAUACGACAGCAGGCGGCAAUAUAUCGAUUGUUAACAUAUGCUAUGUAUAGGUACCAUAUUGUAAUAUAUAGUGGUCAGUCACGAACAUUUAAAAAUAGGUAUUGUACCUAAAUUAAAUAAUAUUGCAUAACAAUGCGAUACUCACGAUGCGUUUCGUUCGAUUUCCUGAUGUAAUCUAUAUAGACAUUUUCAAAAGGGCCGUUAGUAUUGCUGAAACUAGGGUCAAUAUUCUGAGGAAGGGGGGGGGGGGCUAUAGAUAGUUCAAACAAAUAAUUAAUGCAUGCAGUUUGAUAAUAAUCUGUUUUAAAAAAAAUUCACAUCAAGCCUUUAAAACUGUAAAAAAAAAAGUUUGAGGGGGCGAACAAUUUCUGGUUUUAGAUCUUAUCUAUUGAUAUAUUUAUUGAUAUAUUAUAUAAUAUGAACCUAAAUACUUAAAAUUUUCCUCCGUAUAACUAAAAAGUUUACAAGUACGUUUACAUCACCAACAAUUUUGUCAAUUUUUCGGUGUGUUUUUUGAAAACAACUAUAAUAAGUAUUAACAAUUUAGUGUUAACAUUUGUAUCAAUCAAUUUUUUUAUAAUAUGGCCUUCUCUGUGAAAAUAAUACGAUUUUUAUAAUGGAAUUAAUAUAUUAUACAAUCAUUUUAACAUAGUUAGCGGGGUAGACUAGGGAGUAAUAGAGGUCUCUCCCACAUGGCCAUAUAAUUAACUGAGCAUUUAAAUGCCAUGGUUAUUUUUCUCAAAUUCUUUGUGUCAAAAUACCAAUGUCAUUCAAUCACAUAAUAUGCUUUCGUGUUUGAGUUUGACAUGUUAAGAAUAAAGUAGGAAUUUAAUUAUCAUUUAAGGGUUAUGUUAAAUUACAUAAAUAAGCAUAAGAAAAGUAUCAGUAUUAAAAGUUAUAACAUAAUAUGGCUGAAUUAAUUCGUGAAAGAUAUAUUUUUUAAUGUAAUUGUAAGACUUAAAUUAAUGGUUUAUAUAAAUCAUAUAAUAUAAUAACUGUUACCUAUGUAUACUAGUUUAAGAGUGCAAAUAAACAUUUUAUUUGCCAAAAAUAAAAUGUUGUUGACUAUUAUGUAUUCUGUUUGUCGGUAUUUAAUAAAAAAUUAUUAC